UUGGUGUAUUUACUGUUUUCUGAUUGGUUAAAAGUAUUACUUUUAUUUUCAAUGUUGUCAAUUUUUAUGGCGACACGCCCACUUUUACCGGAACUACUUUUUUAUUGAUUCGAAAAUUCUUUUACUUGAUACAUUCGUAGCAAUACGAUUUAGAGCAAAACAAUAAAGUGUUGUUCAAUCAUUUGUUGUUUUAAAUGUUUUAAAUGUGUUAUCCUACCCAUCUAACCCCCGAACUACAUGUACAUGUAUGACUCCGUCCCUCCCCAACUCCUGUCGUCUGCUCAAUACUAGUAAGGCAAAGAUGGAAGAGGUGCCGGAUUUCGACAUCGGUGGGGGCGAAAAGCUGAUUGAAAUGGACUCGUACAGUGAAGAAGAUUUAUUGGGAUGGUUGUUUAAAGAUAACUUGCAAAAUAUUGAACUUGUUGAGCUAAACAUUGCUCCCGAAAAUCCUGGAUUGGCACAACAAACGCAGCCACAAGCCCCAUCUCAGAUUCCGUUGGCACCCAAGCCGGUUGAAGUUGAAAGGCCUACAGUUUCUGGGCUUCAAAAAUCACAGAAACGAUUUAAAACUGUUACCUCAGAAGAACUGAAAGACCUGCAAGAAAGUCGACAGGCUAAAUCAACCAAACAAAACACAAAGUGGGGAGUCAAAGUUUUCCAAGAAUGGUGUAUGGAAGCCCUGGAUCAAGUAUUGGAUUUCGCAACUACUGAAACAGAGGAAUUAAACAAUGUUUUGGGUAAAUUUUACGCCGAGGCAACCCCAAAAUUUUCCGAAAAAAGAGGCAAGGAAAUGUCAACUGCCCAGUCAAAAGAGUAUCACAAAAAUUCAAUGAAAAACAUAAGGGCAGCAAUCAACCGCCACAUUCAUGAUUUAGAUAGGGAUAUUGAUAUCGUUCGCGAUAAGAAUUUAGGAAGGCGAAUGAAACUCUUGAUGGAAAAUUAA